AUGGCGCUGGAGGACCGGGCCCGAGAGGAUUCCACAAUUUCUUCGCCAGCCGGUUGUUCCUCAGCUGCUUCCUCCCCACCAUCUCCUGCCUCUGCGCCCCCUUCUUCACCACCUGCUUCUUCACCCCCUGCCUCUUCACCACCUGCUUCUUCACCACCUGCUACUUCACCACCCUCUGCAGCUUCCCCUCCUUCCUCCCCGCCUUCUUCACCACCUUCUUCUGCUCCUUCUUCACCACCUGCUACUCCUUCGCCCCCUUCUUCACCUCCUUCUUCACCACCUUCUUCUCCUCCUUCCUCCACGCCUUCUUCACCACCUUCUUCACCACCUUCCUCCCCCCCUUCUUCACCACCUUCUUCACCUCCUUCUUCAACUCCUUCUUCACCACCUUCUUCACCACCUUCUUCACCUCCUUCUUCGCCUUCUUCUUCACCUACUUCUUCACCGCCUUCUUCACCACCUUCUUCACCUCCUUCUUCACCUACUUCUUCACCUCCUUCUUCACCUCCUUCUUCACCACCUGCUUCACCGCCUUCUUCCCCUCCUUCUUCACCACCUUCUUCACCUCCUUCUUCUGCUCCUUCUUCACCACCUUCUUCACCACCUUCUUCACCACCUUCUUCACCCCCUUCUUCACCAGCUUCUCCACCUUCUUCUUCUUCACCACCUUCUUCACCUCCUUCUCCACCAUUUUCUUCACCCUCUUCUUCACCAUUUUCUUCACCCUCUUCUUCACCAUCUACUUCACUACUUUCUUCACCACCUUCUUCACCCUCUUCUUCACCAUCUUCCGCACCACCUUCAUCACCACCUUUUUCACCAUCUUCUUCUUCACCACCUUCUUCACCAUCUUCUUCGUCACCAUCUGCUUCGCCGCCAUCUUCCUCGCUACCUCCAACGCCCGGCAUUUCGUCUCCCUCAUUCGGGACGCUAGUAAUUCCGGUCACUACGUCCGUGUCGACCGAAGAUUCCGUUGUCGUGCGACGUCCCGGCAUUAUGUAG